AUGUCAACAAAUGUUUGUUCGAGUACAUCAACAACAGAUCUUUAUCAACGGCAUAUAACUUGUAGUGAUUCUUCUACUCAAACAAUGCUGUACGAUCAUAACGAUGAUGACUAUGCAAAUUACGAAGAAAUUCAUGGUCACGAGGACUCUUCAACAUUUCUUCAUACAAAGAAUAUAAAGAAAUCUGAUCAAACCACAUUGUGUCGAACAAAUCAUUAUUCAAUUGGUUGCUGGACAAAGCCGGCUUCUUUACUUACUAGUUAA